ACCUCAAAAGCUGCAACCCAUCUCCCCACUACCCACUCAAUUCCAUUCAAUUCAGACCCUUCAAAUUCAGCUACAGACCCACUUCGAUCUCAAUCCUUCCCGAUGCCGAUUAUGGGUGAUGGGGUGGCAGCUGCGGCGGCCGAGGUGCAAUACGUCAAGGCCAAGACUUCGGUCUGGUGGGACAUCGAGAACUGCGCCGUCCCCAAAGGUUGCAACCCCCACGCUAUUGCCCAGAACAUCGCCUCCGCUCUCGCCAAGAUCGGAUAUUGCGGACCCCUCUCCAUCUCUGCCUUCGGUGACACCAAUCGCAUCCCCUCCUCCGUCCAGCACGCCCUCUCCUCCACCGGCGUCACCCUCAACCACGUCCCCGCCGGUAUUAAAGAUGCAAGUGACAAAAAGAUACUUGUAGAGAUGUUGCUCUGGGCAGUUGACAAUCCUGCACCGGCUAAUUAUUUGUUGAUCUCUGGUGACCGAGACUUUUCUAAUGCUCUUCACCAGCUGCGCAUGAGAAGAUAUAAUAUUCUUCUAGCACAACCUCAAAAAGCAUCUGCGCCCCUUCUUGCAGCUGCAAAGAGAGUAUGGCUUUGGACAAGCAUUGUGGCUGGAGGACCCCCACUCCCAGAUGGAGAACCUCAACAACCUGGUAAUGGGAGAGGCACUAACUCUGUAUCCACUUCUAGCAUGAUACGCAUGCCAGUUUCUGAUGCCAUACAGACAAACCCACAAAUGGAUUUUUAUUCUGAAAAUCCUCGUUUGGGAGGUCAGAAGUUCUCUUGUGCGGGGAGGACUUCUGAUGCAAAAUACAAUGGCAAAAUGAAUGUGACAAAUGCCAGCCAAUCAAAUAGAUCAAACAGUAACGGUCCUAACUUUUCACGGAGCAACACCAACAACAUACAAAGUAAUGUCGGGAAUCCUUAUUCACAAACAUUUAGGCCAAACAACUUUACUACACAAUCUGAUUCUGCACUUUGUAAUUUGUAUCCACCUAAUUCCCAAACCCAUACUUCUCCACAGUUGACUUUGAGGCCUGAUGGAUCGAGCUUUUCUUCAGGUCUGCUUAAAAACAUCCCUGAUGUUAGUAAUCUGAACAUUUCUGGAUAUAGCAACAGUCUGCAUGGUUCUGCAGUGACCCAACAACAAAAUAUAUUGCAGAGCAUUGAUGCUAUCAACAAACCUCCAAACUCACAAAAUGGACGUAUGGUGCCAAAUAUGCCACAAUUUCAUCAUGAUCCUCGGAGCAAUAGGUACCCUCUUGGUCCCGAAUAUCCAUCCUCAUCGUCAUCAGUAGUGACCUCAAGUGUGAAUCCUGGUAAUGUUACAUGGGGAACUCCAGGAUGUCCAAAACCUUCUGAAUAUGUCCAAUGUCUCAUAGGGGUUGUGUUACUUGCAUUGAACGCCCUGAAGAAUGAAAAGAUAAUGCCAACUGAAGCAAAUAUAGCUGAUUGUAUACGAUAUGGAGAUUCUAAGCACCGCAAUACUGAUGUUAAGAAGGCACUGGAGAGUGCUAUUGAGAAUCAGAUGGUAGUGAGGCAGAAUUUAGGUUCAUUGCAGUUUUAUGUUGCAAAGAACGACAAGCUCUGGAAGUGUGUGAACCCCAUAGGUGGUAAUCCCUUGCAAUACCCAAAAGAAAUUUGGGAUGAUCUAAAGAAGUUUCUCACAUCCAGUGCUGGACAGUCUGCUAUGCUGGCUUCUCAGUGCAGGUACGAAGCCGGUACUAUUUUAAAGAACAUGUGUUUGAAAGACCUUGCACUGGGUGAUGUACUUCAAAUCUUGAAUAUGGUAAUAGCUGGUAAAAAAUGGAUUUUACAUCAUCAGUCAGGGUGGCAACCCAUUUGCAUAACUGUUCCAAAUAUUGACAAUGAUUUUGGUCCCGGAGCUGCUGCAUGAUUUCAACAAAUGCUAUGUAUGGUAGGAGAAAAGAUUUGUCUAGAUGGUUAAAGUGUUAAUAGAUGCAACUAUAGCUUGGUGGUAGGUUAGAACCGGAAUGGUGGAAAGGAAUUUGAGUCAGUAGCUAUCAUCUCUAUCAUCUAAGUUGAUUUAUGAUGAUGGUUAUGGUAAGCGUUUUUCUAGUAGUAUGUCGUAUUCUAAUUUCUUCUAUAGCUGACUAAUUUUUUGAGUUUAUCUGGAAUUCUGGAGUAAAGUUGAAAGAAGCCAUUGAACAGAUGGAGAUAGGCAGACAUAUUUAGCUAAAUACCUGUCGAGGUGACAGAGGGACUUGUUGCUAUUGCGCAGCUUGCUUUGUGCAUGCCUGUUCCUAUAUUAACAAAUGGGUUGGAGCCUGGUACAGUAUCUCCUUCUUUCAUGUUUUGGGUUUUGUUGGGAAUUGUUCAACUAGAACAAGUUUACAGCAUGGCAUUGAAUCAACAAAUUUCAAGGAAACAGUUCUGGGGAAGAAAUGUGUAUAUAUUUUUGGUUUGUGCCCUGCCCCACAUAUGAUCAUCCUCACAAGUUAAACAGUUUAUAAUCUGUAUUAAAGCCAUGCAAAGGGAUUUACUCAGUGUGUGUUUCAAAAAAGGUUCAUUGAGUUACUGCUCGAAAUGGAUCUAGAUUGACAAGUACAAUCAUCAUGGGAGAUGGUUGUGAUUUCAUCUUCAACGUAAGACAUAAAUAUGACUACUUGACAGAGAAGCAGAAAAUCAAGAGUAUGAUUACUUACCACUCUGCUAUGAACUCCCACCAUGAAGCGUAUUUGAUUGUAUAGUUUGAUCAAUGCUGAAUUGAUCCAAAAGGAAUAAAGGUGCACUCGUUCAGCACCAUAAGUUCCCUAGUCCUGGAUGUUGCUUGUAUUUCACUCUGUAAUUAAGUUAUUUUGAAUUCCAUUCACAUCUGUGUGUGGAGAAACCUCAACUUUGUAUGUUUUGUGUAAGCCGAUUGCUGUGGAAU